CGGAGCCGAGUGCGGGCCGAGCGGAGCCGAGCGCGGGCCGAGCGCGGGCCGAGCGGAGCCGAGCGGGAGCCGAGCGGGAGCCGAGCGGAGCCGAGCGGAGCCGAGUGAGAGCCGAACGAGGCCCGAGCCGAGCAAGACCCCCCCGAGACUCACCGGGACCGACCGGGACCAACCGGGACCUACCGGGACUCACCGGAAUCCACCGGAACCCAGUGGCGCCGCCAUGUGCGACGCGGCGGGCGGCGGUGGUGGCUGCGGGGCGGACACGGAUCCGCCGCGGCGCCACCGCGCACCGGCAGACAGGUGUGAGUCCGGUCCGGCCUCGGAAUGGACCCCCGGGGCCGCUCCCGGUACCCCCCGCCACCCCCGAACGUGCAUGAAGUGCGGGCAGGGCACGGCCGCGCUCGUCAUCCGCGUCGGGGACCCCUUCUGCCGCGGCUGCUUCCGCGAGUACUUCGUGCACAAGUUCCGUGCCAUGCUGGGCAAGAACCGCGUCAUCUUCCCGGGAGAGAAGGUGCUGCUGGCAGUGUCGGGGGGCCCGGCCUCCAGUGCCAUGGUCCGGCAGGUGCAGGAGGGGCUCAGCCGGGAGGCGGCCAAGAGGCUCCGCUUCGUCCCCGGCCUCGUCUACGUUGAGGAGGGAGCCGUGCGCAGGCAGAGCCCGGAGCAGCGGGAGCAGACCCUGGCCCAGAUGGAGACCCUGCUGCAGGCCACCGGCUUCCCCUACCACCUGAUCCACCUGGAGGAGGCGCUGGAGCUGCCCCCAUCCAUCUUACAGCCGGGGCCGGAGCGCGCCGGCACGUCCGGCACGUCCGGCCCUUCCUACAAGGAGGCUGUGGACAGCUUCAUCCAGCAGCAGCGGCAGGACGGGGACAGUGGCACCUCUCUGCCUGGUCACAGCGCCCCGGACACGCCAGCAGGACCCCCGGCCACCCCCCGCCUGCCGGACGCCGCCCAAACCCAGGAGCUGCUCCGCUGCUUCGAGGCCGCGGCGACGGCGACGGCGCGGGAGGAGCUGCUGGAGAUGCUGCGGACCCACCUGAUCGUGCAGACGGCCCGGGACAGGGGCUACGCCAAGGUGAUGAUGGGCGAGAGCCUCACGCGCGUGGCCGUCAAGCUCCUCACCAACCUCUCCCUGGGCCGCGGCGCCUUCCUCGCCGUGGACACGGGCUUCACGGACCGGCGCCACGGUGACGUGAUGGUGGUGAGACCCAUGCGGGACUACACGGCCAAGGAGAUCGCCUUCUACAACUUCUUCUUCGGCGUCCCCUCCGUCGUCGUGCCACCGCUCUUCACCAAGCGCCGGGAGAAGCCCAGCAUCCACCAGCUGGUCGAGCGCUUCCUGCUGGGGCUGCAGGAGGAGUUCCCCUCCACCAUCAGCACCGUGUACCGGACUGGGGAGAAGCUGAGCCCGGAGCCAGCCAAGGCCAGCAGCGAGUCCCAGCGCUGCCUCCUCUGCCUCUGCGGCCUGGACACCUAUGGGGAGGAGGAGCUGGCUCUGGAGCCCACGCUGAUCUUGGAGGAGCCAGCAGCAGGGGUUGAGAGCAAAGCUGCCUACAUCCCCCUGCUGUGCUACAGCUGCCGCCUCACCUUCAAGGAGCUGGGUCCCCUUGACACACUGCCACCCUACGUGCGCGCCGAGGGCCAGCGCAGGAUCCGCAGAGCAGAGAUGGAGCAGAACCAGGAGCCCAGCGAGAGCUGAGGGGCUUGGGGACAGCUGGGGACACACCCCCAUCCCACUGUGGCACUGCUGGGGCCGGUGCCGCUCCUCAGGGAGACCCCAGAGGUUGCUGAGGACUCGUGACGCCCAGGCAGCUGCUUUUAUACCCCAUUUCUGUGCCAGCCAGGGGCAGGGAGAGUCCCCAUCCCCAUUUACAGGGGGCUGGGGUUCAGGUCCCUGGUCCCCCCCACCGCCCUGCCCCAGCUGCCUGUCAGCCAGGGAGGCCUCAAGUUUGUUUUAUUCGGUAUCUGUAUAAAUAAAACAUUUGAAUUAUUAAAAAAAACCAAACCCAAAGUCACAAGUGUCUAAAGUCCAACUGGGGCUGCCAGACCCCCUCAAACUUGGGGGGGGCC